AUGAAAGGAUUAUUCUUGAUAACACUUCCCGUAUUAGCACGGUCGAAAGGUUUAUUGGCGAGAUUUCAAACCGAAAACGAAGAAAUGAAACGCCAAUUAAGUAGUUUUGAAGCAAAAAUCACCGAGUCGUUAAAUCAAACAUGCAUACAUCAAACACUCGAGCCUCAUGUUGACCUUGAAACUAAUACGAGAGCCUCUAGUUCUUUACAAUGUCUGGAUAAUAUGACUGAAUUAAAAGAGGCAGAAAGUUUUGUAAGUGUUGAAAACCCGCUUGAAGAUGCUUCUUUCAGUGGUGAGGGUCUUGGUAAUAAUAGCGUUAUUGUAUGCGAAGUUUUCACUGUUGAUAACAAUGAAAGAUUAUUAAUAGAAACUGAAGAAUUAUCUGUUGGUCCAGAUAAUAAGCGUAACAAAGCCCUAGAAAAUUGUUCAUUAUUAAAAAACCCAAGCUAUUUCCAUCGUUCAAAAAGCGGCUUAUAUAGGACAAAGGUCAAAGGCCACGGGAAUCCAUCACCUAAACUACAUACGCAGCAGAGUAAUUGGGUACAGCCGGGUAGAAUAGCUAACAACCAACCCAUUCCAACUCGAAUCACUAGAAGAGAGGUCGAAGAAAGAUCGACGAAAAACUAG